AUGAAGUUCACUACUGUUACUGCUUUCACUUUGGCUACUGUUGCUACUUUUGCCGAAGCUAAAAAGGAACAUGACUAUACUACCACCAAGACUUUAACUACUGAUGGUACUACAAUCACCACUACUUCUACUCAUACUACUCACAAGUAUGGUAAGUUCAACAAAACAAAGAAGUCUCACGCUCCAAAACCAUCUGGUACUCACAGAUAUGGUAGAUUUAACAAGACCAAAAAGUCUCAUGCUUCUAAACCAUCUGGUACCCAUAGAUAUGGUAGAUUCAAUAAGACUAAGAAGUCUCAUGCUUCUAAGCCAUCUGGUACUCACAGAUAUGGUAGAUUCAACAAGACUAAGAAGUCUCAUGCUCCAAAACCAUCUAGUACUCACAGAUACGGUAGAUUUAACAAGACUAAGAAGUCUCAUGCUCCAAAGCCAUCUGGUACUCACAGAUACGGUAGAUUCAACAAGACCAAACAUCAUCAUACAACUGAUACCGGUGGUGUUAACAAAGCUGUUGUCAAUGCUGCUCCAAGUGCCAAGAAUUUCGGUUCUUUGAAGGUAUUUGGUAUCUCUGUUGGUUCUGCUAUUAUGGCCGGUGCUUUAAUACUAUUAUAA